AUGUCGUCUUUCUUCGUUCCUGCCCCCGAACCCCCUACCGAGCUCGGCCGGUACCGCAUCCUCUCCUCGACGGCGGGGAUCCGUGUGUCCCCCCUCCAGCUGGGUGCCAUGUCCAUUGGCGAUGCCUGGUCGGGUUUCAUGGGCUCCAUGAACAAGGAAAGCUCAUUUAAGCUGCUGGACGCUUUCGUGGAGGCCGGCGGAAAUUUCAUCGAUACCGCCAACAACUACCAAGACGAGCAGUCCGAGACGUGGCUGGGGGAGUGGAUGACCGCGCGCCAGAACCGCGACCAAAUCGUGCUGGCAACCAAGUUCACGACCUACUACAAGGCCCACGCCCUGGGCAAGGGCAAGGCCCCCAACCACAGCGGAAACCACCGCCGCAGCCUGCACAUGAGCGUGCGCGACUCGCUCAAGAAGCUACAGACGGACUACAUUGAUAUCUUAUACCUGCACUGGUGGGACCAUACCACCUCCAUUGAGGAGAUCAUGGACAGCCUGCAUAUCCUGGUGCAACAGGGCAAAGUCCUCUACUUGGGCAUCUCGGACUCGCCCGCGUGGGUGGUUAGCGCAGCCAACACGUAUGCUCGUGACCACGGCAAGACCCCCUUCAGUAUCUACCAGGGACGGUGGAAUAUCAUGAAGCGCGAUUUUGAGCGCGAGAUCAUCCCCAUGGCCCGGCAUUUCGGCAUGGCGCUGGCCCCGUGGGACGUACUGGGGAGUGGCAAGUUCCAGACGAAGAAGGCAAUCGAGGAGCGGAAACAGCGUGGAGAAGGACUGCGCAGCAUGCUGGGCGCCAACGUGCAGACGGAGGAGGAAGAGAAGAUGAGUGCGGCGCUCGAAAAAGUCGCCAACGAGCAUGGUAUUGAGUCGGUCACGGCCAUUGCGUUGGCGUAUGUCCUCCAGAAGGCACCAAAUGUCUUCCCGCUCGUAGGCGGCCGGAAGAUCGAACACCUACAUGACAACAUUCAAGCGCUGAAAAUCCGGCUGACGAAGGAACAAAUUGAGUAUUUGGAGAGCGUCAACCCGCUGGACCCCGGAUUCCCGAACAACUUCAUUGGAGAGGACCCGCACGUGAGUGGAGUGACGCCGUUUAUGUCGGCAUCGUGUGCGCCGCUAGCAUUUGUAAAAGCGCCGCAGGCUAUUGUGCCUUGA